UUAAACUAAAAUGAUAACCGUACUCAGUCUGGACAGUCUGCAUUGAUAACGCUGAUCGUGGCUGUUGUUAAUCUGUUUCUGUUGGGUCUUGGGUACGAUCCCGGUUUUCGAAUAUAACAACAAGUUGUAACUUUUAACAACACGAUUUUUUGCUGCUGCGAAACGAAGAACACCGAACGAUCGCUGAAAACAAAGAAAAGACAUUCCGGAAGAUGAUCGACGACGGACGUACUACGACGUCUCGCCGGUUGCCAAACAACAAAAGAUAAUCACUCGAAGUUUACUGGUGCACCAGUGAGCAAUAGAGGUUUGUGGUGGUGUAUCUGUCAGAUCGAUAACCUUAAGCUUCAAAGAGAUGUCGACCUGCAGUUCUAACUGUUUGCUCAUGCUGAUGGUCAAUGUUUGUCUGUACAUGAGUGUUGUGUGUUUCUUCUCGUCGUCCAGUUUGAUUGUCAAUAGUUGCAUUGACAACAAUUGGCUCAAUGAGCUAAAAGGGAAUAUCGACGAGACAAACAGCACAGUAGAAAUCGUUGAUAAAUUUAAUAACUAUCAAAUAUACCCUCGUAUUAUCAGUAUUGUUUCGAAAGAUUAUUUUAAAUUUUUUAAGGUAAAUCUACGUAGAACUUGUCCAUUUUGGUCAGACGACAGCAAAUGUGCUAUGAGAUACUGCCAAGUGGAGUCCUGCCAGUUGGACGAUUUACCCAUAGGUUUGAAAGGUAGUCGUAAUAGUUUAGUAGAUGAAGAUAUGUCGAUUAAGUAUAUGGAAGGACCGCAACAACAAGAGUGUGAAGAAGCAAUGCAAGACGAAUUGGGUUACAUUAACACAACUAUAAGUGCUGCAGCUAUGGAAGAUUUUGCUCUCUGGCAGGCCCACGAUGACAUACAAGACAUGUACUGUACACUUCCUGAUGAUGACGGGGAAGCGGAGUAUGUUGACCUAUCUCUAAACCCUGAACGAUACACUGGAUACAAAGGACCUUCAGCUAAUCGCGUGUGGAAUACAAUUUACAUGGAAAACUGUUUCAGGCCAAAAAAUUUAUUUGAAGUCUACAUUAUAUCAGCAAAGUUGACUGGAAUGUGUUUGGAGAAACGAGCAUUUUAUCGAGCUAUUUCUGGCCUUCAUACAAGUAUUAAUAUUCAUCUUAGUGCUCAAUAUCUAUUAUCAGAUAAAGGAUCAACAUUUUUGAACCCAUGUGGAACUGGCUUCUGGGGUCCAAGUGCUGAGGAAUUUGAACGAAAGUUUGGUCCAAAGUACACUAAAGGUGAGGGCACACAGUGGCUAAGGAACUUAUAUUUCUUAUAUCUUGUCGAACUCAGAGCACUGCAAAAAGCAGCACCUUUACUCAAACAAGUAGAGUAUUAUACAGGAAAUGAUAAAGAGGAUGAAACCACUCGACUUGCAGUCCACAAUUUCUUAGAAAUUAUCAAUAAUUUCCCACAACAAUUUAAUGAGCAUACCAUGUUUUUGGGUGGACAACAGGCACAAAAGUUAAAAGAAGAGUUUCGUCUUCAUUUCCGUAAUGUAUCAACCAUUAUGGAUUGUGUGGGGUGUGAUAAAUGCAGACUGUGGGGAAAAUUACAAGUUCAAGGAUUGGGAACAGCGCUGAAAAUACUGUUUUCAAACAAAGCACAAACCAAUGGAUAUAAUGAAUUAUCKACCACUGUUAACAAGCACACGUUGCAAUUGGAACGUAGUGAAAUUGUUGCUCUCUUUAAUGCUUUUGGAAGGUUAUCUACAAGUAUAUACGAAAUAGAAAAAUUUCGGAAGCUCCUGAGGUAAACAAGUUGAAAUGGUAAAAGAAAAACAUCACAUCUCAUUUUGAUUUACUGCAGAUGUUGUAUACAUUGUUAUCACUAGGUACAUUCCUUCCUUUCUUAUCUUUUAUAAGUUUUAUUUAAGUGUAAGUAUGUGAUCUGUUAAUAUAUUAAACAGUCAAGUAGUCAUACAAUUAACUUAAUUGACAUUUGACAGAUAAAAAGCCUCCUGGUGAUAUUUAAUUUAUUUUAAUAUUUGUUUUCUGAUUGACUGAGUUAAAAUACUGACAGUCAUAAAAAAUCUGUUUUAAAAGCUCUCUACAUAAGAACGAUAAAUCUACUAUUAAUUUAUUAAAGAAUAACAAUCUUUGUUUUUUACAAACAUUGUUUAGUUAAACUUUUCUAUAGUCUAGUCCUUUUAGUAAAUUUUUUUUUCAAAUGUCUUUGUUUUUUGUUUGAUGUCUAAAGUGGUAAACUUUUGUCUGUAAAAUUAUUGUUAUUUAUAUUUUUAACUGGUUUUUAUGUUGUCUUAUUUGUUAAGUUUAUUUUAUCUCAAACUUUAAUUUACAUUUUAAACAAACUAUAGUGUAGCCCAUGCACAAAUUAUUUUU